GUGGGAGAGAAAUGGAUUCAGAAUCAGCUUCUAACACAGAAAGUAACCAUAUGGUUCGGACAGGGAUUAAGACAACAUUGUGGGUAGUACUGGGAGGAUAUGCUGUGUUUUGGGUUAUGAUGCCCACUAAUACCUACCAACAAACAUGGCGUUCUUAUUUGAGAGUUCAUAUCGAUUCCACCUACUUUGGGACUCAAGCUAAUAUGUUUCCUUGUAUUUCUUCCCUUGCUUUCGUUUCAAUGACUGGUUUUAUUUUACGGCUAUGGGGGCUUUCUGCUUAUGCAUGUAAACUUGUUUCAGGUCCAAACCUUUUGGUACAUUUCGCCACCAUUCUUUUCAUUGCUUUGCUGGGUUGUGUUUAUCUCCAUGUAGUAAAGAGAUCAAAUCACAGUAACUUCGAAAGGUACAAUGGCAGAAAACAACUCUUGGCCACAUGGAAGAAGCCGAUGCUAGUGAAAGGCCCUCUGGGAAUCGUUUCUGGAAUAGAGCUGGCCUUCUUGAUCAUGUUUGUUGCACUGUUGGUUUGGUCUUUAUCAACCUAUUUGCAUGACAGCUUUUCUACCAUCACCCCACAGUCGGCUGCAGGGAGUGGGGAGACUGUAUGGGAAGCUAAAAUGGAGAACGCAGCCCUUAGGCUAGGGUUGGUGGGGAACAUAUGUCUGACGUUGCUCUUCUUCCCGGUGACUCGAGGGUCAUCGAUUCUGCCAUUGUUUGGGCUCACCUCAGAGGGUAGCAUUAAGUACCACAUAUGGCUUGGUCACACUGUGAUGGCUUUCUUCACCGCACAUGGAGUUUGUUACAUCAUCUAUUGGGCUGCUACCGAUCAGAUUUCCGAGAUGCUGAAAUGGGCAAAGGUUGGGAUAUCAAAUGUGGCUGGGGAGAUUGCUUUGCUUGCUGGGCUGGGCCUGUGGGCUACAACCUUCACUCGCAUAAGAAGAAAAAUGUUUGAGCUCUUCUUUUACACUCAUCAUCUCUACAUCCUCUUCAUGAUUUUCUAUGUAUUACAUGUUCCCAUCUCUUUUGCCUGUAUUACAAUCCCUGGAUUUUACCUCUUCUUGGUCGAUCGUUUUCUGAGGUUCUUACAAUCACGACAAAGAGUUCGUGCUGUCUCAUCCCGCAUUCUGCCUUGCGAAACUUUAGAAAUCAACUUCUCCAAAAACCCUGGUUUGAGUUUCAAUCCAACGAGCAUCCUGUUUAUAAAUGUGCCUAGCAUUUCUAAGCUGCAAUGGCAUCCUUUCACAAUCACUUCUAAUAGUAACUUAGAACCUGAGAUGCUGAGUGUUAUGAUUAAAAGUGAAGGAAGUUGGUCCAGGAAGCUGCAUCAGAUGCUUUCAUCUCCUUCCUCAAUUGAUCGUCUUGAAGUUUCAGUUGAAGGACCUUAUGGACCUGCUUCAACUCACUUUCUAAGGCAUGACACACUUGUGAUGGUGAGUGGAGGCAGUGGCAUUACUCCUUUUAUAUCUAUAAUUCGAGAACUCAUCUUUGCUUCCACAACAUACAAAUCAAAGAUUCCACAAGUACUCCUAAUUUGCUCAUUCAAGAACUCUUCAGACCUGACCAUGCUAGAUCUCCUACUUCCAAUAUCUGGCACCCCAUCAGAAAUUUCCAGUCUGCAGCUAAAAAUCGAGGCUUAUGUUACGAGAGAGAAAGAACCCUCAACCAGCAACGGGAAGCUCCUUCGAACUCUAUGGUUCAAGCCCCACCCAACAGAUAAACCUGUUUCUGCCAUUUUAGGCCCCAAAAGCUGGCUAUGGCUUGGCGCGAUAAUAUCAUCUUCGUUUAUCAUUUUCCUCAUCAUAAUUGGCCUUAUUACCCGCUAUUACAUUUAUCCUAUCGAUCAUAACACCUCCAGUAUUUUCUCAUACUCUUUCCGAUCUUUUCUUAAUAUGUUAGUAAUAUGCAUAUGCAUAGCCAUAACAGCAAGUGCAGCCUUUUUAUGGAACAAGAAAAUAAAUGGAAAGCAACCGAAUCAGAUUCAGAACAUUGAAGGGUCCACACCAAAUACAUCACCAGGCUCAUGGGUAUAUGAUGGUGGGAGAGAAUUGGAAAGUCUUCCACAUCAGUCUCUUGUCCAGGCUACUAAUGUGCACUAUGGCGAAAGACCUGAUCUGAAGAGAACACUACUUGAUUGCAAAGGAUCAAGUGUGGGGGUUCUUGUUUGUGGUCCGAAGCAGAUGAGGCAUGAGAUUGCAAUGAUAUGUUCAUCUGGAUUGGCAGAUAACUUGCACUUUGAGUCCAUUAGCUUUAGCUGGUGAUCUAGUCAU